ACAGCUCCUAGACAUCUCUUUAGUUAAAAGUCCAAACUGCUUCUGGAGAGCCAGAGAGUAGCACAGGUGGUCAACGUCCCUUUUAAUGCAGGUACUCUCCCCAGACUUAUCUCACGCCAUGACCUUCCGGUCUUCUUGACUUUGCUUCAACACCCCUCCGCUGGUCCCUCGGUUGAACUGUUUCCUCUUCGCUUCUUGUUGUCUCCUUUCGCCCCCGCUAUCCCGGCGGUUCACACUCCAAAAACCCACUCUCGGUAGGCGUGGUUCUUUGCCUUGAAGCGAACCACUCUACUGGUAUCUCAUCAAUAGGCUCUCAGUUCGACGCGCCGCAACGGUUGUGCGUCGCCCCUGGGGCCCGGCGGCUCUGAUCAUCAAACGUCUGGCAUCGCUACUUGUUACCGCCGCCCGCUGCCGCUGGCCUUCCGUGGUGUUCUGAUCCGGCUGACUCCGAAACCAUCGUACUGUAAGGUCUUGUUCUCUCAUCUCUCCCAUUAACUAUAGCACGGCCCAUCGGACUUGUCCCCGGCGUUCCCUGCAACGAGCCGUCCAAAUGGAGAGUUCACCAGAAUCAGUCCGUCCGGUGAAGCGCGUCAAAUACGCGCGACAAGACGAUGCGAUCCCACUGAAUAUAGCCACAUCUAGCAUCAGGGCCUCCGACAGCGCUGACGGAUCCCUGGUUACUGAUGUCCCUUUAUUCGAAAAUACAUGGCCCAUGACAACGGGAGUAUCGUCUCCCUCAGAGGUCCUAUUCAACCUUCCCGAGGACCUUGGCAAUUCGUGGGCCCCAGCUUUUACAGGUAAGGAAGUGAACCUGUUGUCACUCACUAUCCACCUCACCUCACCCACCUUUCCUUAUGGCUCUACCUUCUCGGAAACUCUUCAGAUCCUAACUCUGACCCGUUGUCCCUGUCAAAUCCCUGUGGAGGAUCUUGAAGUCAGAUGGGUCUCCGAUGAGAGGUGUAACCAUGGGCAGAAAGGAGAUGAGAGAGAACAUGUUGCACCCACCCACCCCGCUCUUACUCCCACCCUCACCCCGUUGCACAAUCCGACUGAGAAUCCAUCUUCCAUCCAUCAUGUUCCCGACUUUGUUCCAAUUCCUGCCGAGAAGAUCAAAACUACCCGUCGACCCGAUCAUGCCAUGGUAGACUAUCAAGUCCGUGAGCUGACGUUCCAUUCAGCACCCCAGCCUGCGUUGAAUCUUCAGGUAGCCACAGCACCUCAACCUCAACCUCAACCUCAACCUGAGCCACCUCGCUCUCAGGCCCAGCGACUGCCUCGCCUCUUGCCUGCGGUGCACGAUGCUCUUCCAGAGCGGGCUGUUGAACCGCAAGACUCGAAGAAGAGAGGCCUGGCACCAGUAGAAGGGCUCGUUGUAAGUCCGUUCACCGCGAAUGAGGACCGACUGAUUGUGUCUGCCUAUCCUCGCUAUGCUCGCCCUGAGAAUGGACAGGUGAAUGGGUAUGUUAAAUUUAACUGGCCUUCGCGAGCUCCGUCGAGACGACCGUCUGGCCCUGUACCACUCCCACCAGAGGAUGACGUUGAGGACAUAACGUCCAACGUAACGCGAUCGCACACUGCUGGUCGCACUCCAACCAUAAUAACUCUGGUUAACCCUGGGCCUGCCGUGUCUUCCGCGCCAAAUGGGACUAUUUCGCCCAUGGACCUAGAGGGAGGAUGGGGAAGUACUUCAUCGCCGAUAUUGAUGGCAGGUUCUCCAGUUUCCGUUCAAGACACUUCACAAAUCCUGGUAGCUGGCGACCCGAAAAUGCUGCCUCCUCAGUUCGGAUUCCAAGCAAAAAUGGAUCAUAUCGACAGACGAUUGUUUGAGUUCUAUAUCAAGAACUGGUGUCCAGGAAGGAGUGUGCUUAGCAACACAAAUCUGUGGUUAAAGGAUCUGGCGCCGAUGCAUAAGAACGAAGGUAUUCUCCACGCUAUUCAGAGUCUUGCCGGGGUGUACAUCUAUGAUUAUAUACCGGAUGAGCGCAUCCGACAGCGGAUCAAUCAGCGAUAUGUCACGGCAGAUCAAUAUUUCAGCACACUCCUCAAUGCACCUGAAAGCAGGGAAAAUGGUAAAGGGCAGGAGGUCAUCACCAUGGCCGUGCUUCUUUCAAUGCAGGAUAUUGUCCUCACGGAACGACGACUCAAGAAGCCGUACAACCCACGAUGGCUGGAAGGAUUCAGGCAAGGCGAAUACUUUCUGCAAGCAACAGACCCUGGUGCUCGCUACUGGAAAAACAACAACGUCCAGUACAACGAACUUCGCAUCUCUCAGUCAAUCAUCGUUGGCCGGGCAGUGAUUCUGGCUCAACCUAUGAUGGCCCUUCCAUCACCAGAGACUUUCAACCCUGAGGCUGAAGCAGGCAGGUUCAGCUGGCUCCUCUAUGGAACAGAGAAGGAUAUGUUUGAAAUCCAUGGAGGAUGUGGCUUUUCGAAGAAACUGUUGCAUCUUAUGAGCCAAGUAACGUAUUGUGCAGGUCGAUUGCAGCAAGAGCCCGAAUCCACCAUCGUUCCAAUCACGGCAAAAUUUCUUUUGCGCGAACUAUCAGAAAUGCGCCAAUGGAGCCGUGAGGGCAAAGACUGGGAGCUGGCUCGAAAGUACCCUCCAACGAUAGACUGGGUGCGCGACAAAGCAGACGAAGUGAUAAUUGAUUCGAACCAAAUCAUGACCGAGGUUACAGCUGAGGCAUGGAGGAUCGCCGCAAUUAUUUAUUAUCAAUGUCGUCUUCUGAGGUAUGAAUAUGCGAUGAAGGGGAAGAAAAGGUCCUAGGAGGGAGAGAAGUGGACAAGAAGAAGGAAGUUGGAGAUCCAUUGGGAUAAUGGGCGUUGAUUUUGCAACAGCUCAACUCACUCCUUCCCCCUCUGCCGGCUCAACACGGACACUACCUGCUUUCCCUGCCACCCUAUCCUAACUUGCGUUAACGACAGUGGCAAGAGCGCUCGCUGACUGAACCUUCCAUUAGGCUGCCUCGAAAUCACCCGGAAGUUCUUGCCAAUCUUGAUGAUCUUGCCCGUUGCAUACGAAUUAUGCCUACAUCGGGGUCUCACUUUACAGCUCAAGCACCCCUAUUACCAGUGUUUUUCCUGGGCUUACUCGCUACUGAACCUGUACACAAGGAUGUUUCAAUGGAUUGGUUCGAACAAGUGGUUCAAACGCCAGUCCGCAGUAGCGUCCCCCCCUUAUACGACGCGCUUUUGCGCAUCUGGGGGUGGAUUGACAAAGAAGUACAAAUCCCACGAGAUCCAACUGCUCUCCCCAAAUCUAUCGGUAAGAGGUACCCUUGGUGGGAACACCUUGUUGCAAAGGUCCUCGAAGCAGAAGAGGAAACCCUGUGCCUAACCUGACGAAACGCAACGAACAAAACUUUGGUCUGCCCAUCCAUUUUGGGAUUACAAUGCCUUCCCUUACUCGUAAAAAGGUACUGUCCGCAGAUAUUCUCAGCAAUAGUUGCCCGCCUUUUUGGUGAAAAUUCUUUUAGGAAUUAGAUGUGAUAGUAGCGGCCAGCCGCGGAGACAGAUUAGUAACUGACUCCUGAGACGGCACUGUCGGCGUCGUCUCGCUGGUCCUUGCUGUCCUUACGACGAACGAGAUAUUGUCCUGAAAACAAGUCAGUAUGAAAAUCGUAAAAGAAGAGAGAGAAGAAACAAGAAAGAAAGAAAGAAAGAAAGAAGAAAUCACCAGAGGGGAUUAAUAGGAGGGAACUUACGGAACUCCGAUCCUGGGGCCUGCCAGACAUCGAUUACGCUCAGUCCUGCCUUAUAGCACAUGAGGCGCACGUUAUCUUCGCCGUACUUGUGAGAAUCAAACCAGUCGAACUCUUCGCCUUUCUGGAUGAUGCGGCUCAUCUUCUUAAGCUUCACAUCUUUCUUGGCCCGGAAGAAGAAGCGAUGACGAGUAGUGGGCUCAUCCUCCAAUUGCGCGAGGAGUUCCCAAUCCUCCUCACGAAACCAUUCCUCCCCUGCCAGACGAUUGGCAUGCUUGAAGCCAUUCAAGAAGAACUUGUGGUAGAGGUCAUCGCAAGAGUGGUAGGCGUUCCAGAUCUUCUCCUUGUUGUUGGGAAGAGUGUGGCCGUCCAUUCCAAUUAGAAGCAGGUCGUCAGGUCGCAAGGCAUCGGCCCAGAACUUCAGGUGAGCGAGUGCUUCAGGCCAAGGAUCGUUGCAGAGAACCGAACCUAGCGAGAGGAAGAGACGAGGUGUCGAGAUCUUUUGGAUAUAGCUCAUACCAUCGCCAAAGGUACCCCAGAUACCAGCACAGGUCACUGAAGACUCAGGGCUCGGGUGCUGCUCCACGAGGUAUUUGACAUUGUGAUUCAGCGACGAUCUGGAGAUGUCCAAUGCGAGGUACUUGGCGGGAACUUUGUCCCUUUCAAAGGCUGCGAGAAGGUGACCAACCUUGCGAGUGUCACUGGAUGGGGGUCGUGUUAGUAUGGACAGGAUCGAUAAUUGUGACACCAGCUGGGCAUCGCGCAGCAACAUCGGCGCCAUGCUUAUCAAACAAGGCAAUCUCGUCAUGAGUCUGAUAAAAUUCAGGGGUGAAGAUGAUCUGAUUCCAGAUCGGCAACCCGACAUCGUCGUACAGUAAUUCGUCGGGCAGCGUGGGUUUGGAGGUUGGAGAGUAUGGAGCCGUGAGGGCCUCUUGCAAUCGCUUGCCGAUGCCGUCAUACAUGUUGCUGCCGCCGAUAUCGACUACGGCUCCAUGCGCGGGAGCAUCAUUCUUGGGAUCCAUCACGGCAAUCGAAGGACAUCAAUCAAUCCAAGUAUUCGUUUUUCCAAUGUCGUUAUGCAAAAUCGGAGGAGUGUGUGACUAUACUUCCAAGGUUAACAGGGUCCAGCACGCACAAAACAAUUCCACGACUCAGGGUCAACAAUACCACUUAGGAAGAUUCAAGGGGAAAAAAAAAAAAAAGAGCGCUGCGGAACGAUAGGUUACAGCACGGCACGAUACGAUAUGCCAGUGUUGUAUUCAAAAACGGGUUUGUGGAAAGGUAUUGGCGGUUGAGAUCGUCUACAACAAAUCUCGAUGCUAGCGAGUGAAGGAGGAAGAGAUUGCGAUUCAGGACACGCUCUUCCCGAUUUUAUACCCGGCAAGCAGAUGCGAGAAGGCGGUUACUGUGAUUACUACCGCUGUCAAGUUACUGGUAGACACCGGCCACUGCUACCGGCUGUCACUGCUCAAUGGAGACGACCGCCCAGGGAUGAGUCGAAGAAGGGCCGCAGACAUAGGAAUGUGUGAGGGCAAACGAGACAGGCAGGCAGGCAAGGGCCGUGAUAUGAUUUGAGUCGAUCUGAUUCGAGACGAUUCAAAAGAAAAGGAGAGAGAAUUGCCGCUGUGGCAGCGUGGAUCCUGUCUGUUGAAACAAAGCAGUGCAAUGUCUGAUUCUUUUUUUUUUUCCUGUGGUGCCGUUUUGACAGCUCAACGUCAGUACCAGUGCAGUGCAUGCUAGGCAAUGCAGCUUGGUCUGCUGCUGGAUAACACGCCCAUACCCAUAGCUAUACCCCAGCACUUGGAGUGUGUUUGGGUGCGUAAGGUGGUAGAAUAAAAUGGGAUGGAUCUUGGCCAUGUCCCAGACCUGACCAGAAGUGGUUCAUCCUACAUUAGGGCGAGCUCGUGGAGGGUGGCAUUCUCAUGCUUCGACAUUGACAUCCCCACCAUAAGACAUGGGGUUCCGGUAUGUGCUGGGGAAGUUAUCAAGACCCUUGUUUUCGCUCUUUGGAGCUGCCUGCUUUCUUUUUUCUUCUUCCUGUCGGUACUGAAAAUCAAUUUAUAGUGUUGUUUACCUUGUUUCGUGUGUCUCGCUCUCGUAUUAGUCUUACAAGUGCC